ACGCUAACCUUUUUUAUUGAGUCAGAACUCGUAUCUGCCAUCUAGUGAGUUUAUUAGUUCAUUAAGGCCAAAACGUUUCAAAAAUGACCUCGCCGGUUCCUAAAGAUGACGCUAGUUGAAUGUUCUUUUCCUUUGUAUGGGAGUUGCACCCCCCUGGUCGAUAGCGCUCCCGGAUGGACGUGCUUAACGGUUCGCCGUCGCUGCGACUGCGCGGCGGCAUCAAUAAUAACAGUGACAGCAAAAAACACGAGUUGAACCAGUGCACUAGUGCCAUGUCGCCGGAGACUCAGCGACUCCUGCCGCCCACUAGUGAGACUAUAAUGACGAAACCGUUCCCGAUCCGAGGAGAACGAUCGAAUUAUGUCAACAUACCGCAUGUUAUCGCAAUGGUGGGUCUCCCGGCACGAGGGAAGACAUACAUUUCCAAGAAACUGUCACGCUACCUGAACUGGAUAGGGAUCAAUACAAGAGUAUUUAAUCUAGGCGAAUACAGAAGACAUGCUACAUCCGCAUACACAAGCCAUGAGUUCUUCAGGGCCGACAACAAAGAAGCCAUGGCUAUAAGACAGCAGUGCGCUUUAGAUGCAUUACAAGAUGUGUGUGAAUGGCUGACCAAAGGCGGAGAAGUCGCCGUCUUCGAUGCUACAAAUUCUACUUUGGACCGACGGCGGAUGAUAAGAGACCUUGUAGUCCACAAGAUGGGCUUCAAGCUUUUCUUUGUUGAAUCUAUAUGUGAUGACCCUAGGAUUAUUGAACAAAACAUUAUGGAAGUAAAAGUGAGCAGUCCGGACUACACAAACAUUCAGAACACGGAUAAUGUUCUAAAUGAUUUCAUGCUCCGGAUAGAACAUUACAAGGAGAAGUACGAGCCUCUGGACGAGAGCCUGGAGUCUGAAUACAGCUUCAUGAAGAUAUACGAUACCGGAGAGAAGGUGGUCGUUCACAAGCAUGAAGGACACAUACAGAGUCGGAUUGUGUACUACUUGAUGAACAUACAUAUUGUACCCAGAACUAUAUAUCUGACAAGGCACGGCGAGAGCCUGCACAACCUGGUCGGGCGCAUCGGCGGUGACAGUCCGCUGUCGCCGCGCGGCUGCCAGUACGCGCGCGCGCUCUCCGCCUACAUCGAGCAGCAGCGCAUCCCGGGCCUGCGCGUGUGGACCUCCUGGAUGCGCCGCGCCAUACAGACGGUCAAGGACGUCAAGGCGCCGCAGGAGAGGUGGAAGGCCCUCAACGAGAUCGACGCGGGCAUAUGUGAAGAGAUGACAUACGCUGAGAUACAAGAGAAGUACCCGUCGGACUUCAACUCCCGCGACGCCAACAAGUUCGCGUACCGCUACCCCCGGGGGGAGAGCUACGAGGACCUGGUGGCCAGGCUGGAGCCCGUCAUCAUGGAGCUGGAGCGGCAGGGCAACGUGCUCGUGGUCUCGCACCAGGCCGUCAUGCGCUGUCUGCUGGCCUACUUCCUCGACAAGAGUGCAGAGGAGCUGCCGUACCUGCAGGUGCCGCUGCACGCGGUCAUCAAGCUGACGCCGGUCGCGUACGGCUGCCGCGAGGAGCACAUCCGGCUCAGCGUGGACGCCGUCGACACGCACCGCCCCAAGCCGCAGGACAAGGAAGAAGCCACACCUGAGAGCCAAAUAAUACCAGCGCCGCCCAUAAAGCCGCCCGUGCCUCCAGUCCUGAAUGGCGAAACGAAUGGGGAUCAAAACGACGAUAUAUCUCAUUGAAAAUUCUUGUAUUUAAUUUUUAUAAAAUAUAUUAAGUAAUAGCCGCUUUGUAGAACGAGACUGACUCGAGAAAAAAUAUCAGAAAUAGAGAUACACAAAGAAUUCUGGGUAUAUUAGUAGUUAGUAACAUAUUUCAUAAAUAGAACGAACAGGAAAGUGAUAGAUAUAUAUUAUCUGUCCUUUUCUCUUCAUUGCGUAAAUUCAAAAUGGAAAAUGUCGUGAAGUUGUGAAAACGUCGUGAAAAUGUUCUCGAUCGUCUCGUUUUAUAACUGCGGAUAAUAAAGUUAAGGUUUUUUUAUUUAUAAAUACCUAUUGUAGUUACUGGCAACGAUGGCGAUGAGCGUGUGGCUGUUUGCGAGUGUUCGGAGAGUGAUGUUACUUGCAUAUGUUUGUUAGACGUGACUGGUAAGAGAGUAAUGUGGUCGCAGAUUCCGGUGCGGGCGCAUACAAGGCUUAAUGUUUCGUAGCACCACACAAUUACGUAUGUGGAGUGCGUUUGCGAGUACGCCCGCCACCGGAAUGUCUGUGUGUGCCUAGUGCGAGUUAUUUAACGUUCUCGAUAGCGUAAAAGUUAACUCAUAUUUGUAUGGAGUUGGAACGUUUGCCGCUAGAGGCGCUGUUCCAACUGCCUACAAAUUUGAGUUAACUUUUACGCUAUCGAGAACGUUAAAUAACUCGCACUAAGAACACUGAGCGUGGGUAGGAUGCGAAAAUCAUCGAAUAUUACAAAAUCCUUGCCACUAAUUACAAUAUAACGUUUAAAUAUGUAACGAUUGUAUCGUCCUUUAUAAAAAUAUAAAUUAAUUUAAUAAAGUAUAGGUAUAUUAUGUAUAUAAUUUUUCUGGUUUCGUGAUCAUAUCGUGAUAUGACAGUGCAGCGUGGGCCGGGUUCGUUCACGGUUCGUGCAUGUCGCGUAUGUAUACAACAUAAUGUUUCUUUGAAUUAAUAAAUAAAAUCACAUAGAA